AUGGACGCCUCUGCUGCUGUUGCCGCCGUUGCCGCCGCCGCCGCCGCCCCGCUCCCGCCGCCCGCCAAGGGCCCCGCGGCCAAGAGGCAAGCGGUGAAGCGGCACUACCACAAGCACAACCUCCGGCGCCACUACGAGUUCCUCGAGACGCUGGGCAAAGGCACCUACGGGAAGGUGAAGAAGGCCAGGGAGCGCUCCGGGAAACUGGUUGCUAUCAAGUCUAUUCGGAAAGAUAAAAUAAAGGAUGAGCAGGACCUUAUCCAUAUCCGGAGAGAAAUAGAAAUAAUGUCUUCCCUCAAUCAUCCCCACAUCAUUGCUGUCCAUGAAGUAUUUGAAAACAACAGCAAGAUUGUCAUUGUGAUGGAAUAUGCCAGCAAAGGGGAUCUCUACGAUUACAUUGCUGAGCGCCAGAGACUGACUGAGCAAGAAGCCCGGCACUUCUUCCGUCAGGUGGUGUCUGCUGUCUACUACUGUCACAAGAAUGGAAUUGUUCACAGAGAUCUAAAGCUCGAGAACAUCCUGCUGGAUGCAAAUGGCAACAUCAAGAUUGCAGACUUUGGCCUCUCGAAUGUCUUCCAGCAAGACCGACUUCUGCAGACUUUCUGUGGCAGCCCCCUCUAUGCAUCUCCUGAGAUAGUCAAUGGGAGGCCUUACAAAGGACCUGAGGUUGACAGCUGGUCCCUUGGUGUGCUCCUUUAUAUUUUGAUUCAUGGUGCAAUGCCUUUUGAUGGUCAUGAUUACAAGACUCUAGUCAAGCAGAUCACAAGUGGGGACUACCGAGAGCCAACCAAACUUUCAGAUGCCUGUGGCCUGAUCCGGUGGAUGCUAAUGGUGAACCCAGAACGCCGAGCAACCAUUGAAGAUAUUGCCAGCCAUUGGUGGGUGAACUGGGGCUACAAGGUGCCAGUUGGGGAACAGGAGUCCUCACGUGACCAUGAAUCUUCAUUAGCCACUGUAGCAGAGUGGCUGCGCCGGUCCUCAAGGCCUCUCUUUGAAAAUGGCUCCAAGGUUCGCUGCUUCUUCAAGCAACACAUUCCCGGUGUCACACUAGAAAGACAACGCUCCCUUAAGAAAUCAAAGAAGGAGAAUGACAUCUGUCAUGCUCUGCAAGAAACUGGUCCUCCUCCAGAGAACCCAUCCAAAUCUAUCCUGAAGAGACCCAAAGGCAUCUUGAAGAAGAGAAAUUCCUGUGAGAAGACCCAAGUUUCUCCUCCUCUGGCAACAGCAGGUUCUGUUGACUCUUUGAAAGAGGAGAAUGCAGGCUCUCCUAUGGACCUGGCUUGUGUCUUAUCAUCCAGGGCUUUAGCCUGCAAGGCAGAAGGUGUUGUAGCCACCCCUCCCAUGCCCAAGAAGGGAAUCUUGAAGAAGCCUCAGAAGAGAGAAUCUGGCUAUUAUUCUUCCCCAGAGCGUAGUGAAUCCACAGAGGUUUUAGACUCUAAAGACCUGGAUCUUGAUGCCGAUGCCUUUGCUGACAAUAAUUCAUCUGCUCUAACCUUGGGAGACACUCAUGCCAGACGGAAAGGCAUCCUGAAGCACAAUGGCAAAUUCUCCUCCAGCAGCACUGAGUCAGAAGGUGUGCCUGCCAAGGUCUUCUCUACUUUUGUAGAGGUCAACUUGCCCAAAAUGUCUAUGGCCUCCCGUAGUCGUCCAUCCAGCGCUGUGAGUGAGGAUAGUAUCCUUUCCUCAGAGUCGUUUGAUCAGCUGGACUUGCCUGAUCGAUUACAGGCAGGUGGAGGAGCUCCCAUGCGUGCAGCCAUUUCUGCAGAUGAUCUGCUUCAGCUGGAAGAGACAGACGGGGAGAUAGGGGCUCGCCGACUCCGGCGUUGGACAGUAACUCAGUGUCAAAACCCCCUGGUGGAUAGCUCCUUCUCUUUAGCGGACUGUGAAAACGUCACCGAAGUCUAUAAACGGGCUGUGGCUUUGAGCAUGAAACUGAGCUGAAGAGUCUGUUGCCCUCCUGGCCCCAAAGGGACCUUUGAUAAUUUAUAUACACACAUGCAGAGAGGUCUUGCAGCUCUGGCUUUGUGCUCAGAAAGAAUGGCUUAGUCCCAAACUAUUUGCACUUCCCUUUGGGAUGGACAAGAAGGCUCUCAGCAGCCUGUGUCUUCUCCCUGACAGGGCAGGAAGUGCAACUGGCUUGAACUAUUUAUUUUGUUGCAUACUUCUUGACUCUUCUCAGAAUGUAAAGAGGUGAAUGCUCCAUGUUGUAACAAUGACUUGUAAAAGUGGUACACAGGGUUAUGAGCAUGUGUUUGAGAGAGAGAGAAAA